CCUCCAAGGAGUGACAUUUUUCUGUUCUCCCACCUCUGAUUUCUUUCCUCCAUCUGCUCCAUCAUCAUCAUCAUCAUCAUCGCCUGUUGUCUCCAGAUUCUUUUCUCCGCCAUGCUUUUAAUAACAUGUGUCAGUGUUUAACCUCUCCCCCUUUGUUUUCCCUCAGGUGUGUUUGGUCUUUAACCCCACACCCCCCACACUUCCUGUUCCUCCCCGCUUCCCGAUCUCUCUCUCUCAUUUUCCCUUUCAUGUUUUACUCCUGUUUUCAUAAUUCAUAACUGUAACUUUCGUUUUAUCAGGCCCGGGCUCAUUAAGCACUGACCCCGUUGGCUCCUCCUGGUUAGCACGCGUAACAUGCAGCCAUGCAGUCUUCCCUCCUUCUGCUGUGUCUGCUUCCCUCCCUGAAUCAUACGUCCGACUCCAACGAACCUUAUCAGCUAACAGCUUUUUCUCUUACCUCCCCCAAAAACACCCUUGUUUUUUUCUUGAUAUGGCCUUUUCUAUCCAACCUCCUCCUCUCCCGUUCAGGUACACCUCUGCUCCAGCUCUAUCUUUCUCCCCUUACUUCUCCCUCCCUCUGUCUCUUUCCACGUCUCCCCUGUCCCCUCCUUAUCUCACUAGCGUGUGUGUGUCUCCCCUCGUCCCUGUUCCCUCCCUGGCUUCCUGCUGUCCUCCAGGUGCGCUUGCUGUACUGCUCUCAGGAGGAGGCAGAGCUGGUCUUCAAAGCCGCCUGGGCCGCCGGUCAGGCCGGGGCCUCGCACAUGUGGUUCGCCGUGGGGCCGGCUCUCUCAGGUUUGAGCAUGGAGAGCCUGCCACGGGCUGUGUUUGCCGUGCGGCCCCAGGGCUGGAGGGACGAACCCCGCCGGAGGAUCGCUCGCGGAGUCUCUGUGCUGACUCACGGAGCUGUGGCCAUGCGCAAGGAUUACGGAACAACGGGUAUUUCGGCAACAUAACGCUUGGUGGUCGUGACUAUUCCUUCAAUGUGGACGGUUACCUGGCCAACCCAUUCCUCGAUGUCAUUUCCUGGACACCUGGACGUGGAUGGGAAGAUGUAGGCUGGUGGGAGAAUGGAGUGCUGAGGCUCCGGUACCCAGCAUGGUCCCGCUACGGGCCAUUCCUUAAACCACCUGACGAUGCCCAGCACCUGCGCGUUGUCACACUGGAGGAACGGCCAUUUGUCAUUGUGGAGCUGGCAGACGCUGCAUCCGGGACCUGCAUCCGUGACUCGGUGCCCUGCAGACGACCCCUUAACGCCAGUGUCAUCCAUGAGGGCGUGGCUCCCAUGAAGCAGUGCUGCAAAGGCUUCUGCAUUGACAUCCUCAAGAGAUUGGCCAAGAUUGUCGGCUUCACCUAUGACCUUUACUUAGUGACCAAUGGGAAACAUGGGAAGAAAAUUGAUGGGGUUUGGAACGGAAUGAUUGGAGAGGUGGUGUACAAGCGAGCCGACAUGGCCAUUGGCUCGCUGACUAUCAAUGAGGAGAGGUCGGAGGUCGUGGAUUUUUCCGUCCCCUUUGUUGAGACGGGGAUCAGUGUCAUGGUCUCCCGUAGCAACGGAACUGUAUCACCAUCCGCUUUCUUAGAGCCCUACAGUCCCGCGGUGUGGGUGAUGAUGUUCGUCAUGUGCCUGACCGUAGUAGCUGUGACCGUCUUCAUAUUUGAGUUCUUCAGCCCUGUGGGCUACAAUCGCAGUCUCGCGAACGGCAAGAAGGCUGGAGGCUCUACUUUCACUAUAGGGAAGUCGGUAUGGCUUUUGUGGGCUAUUGUCUUCAACAACUCUGUGCCAGUGGAGAACCCCAGAGGAACCACCAGUAAGAUCAUGGUGCUGAUCUGGGCCUUCUUCGCUGUCAUCUUUCUGGCCUCCUACACUGCUAACCUGGCAGCCUUCAUGAUCCAGGAGGAGUACAUUGACACAGUGUCAGGGCUCUCGGACAAAAAGUUUCAGCAUCCCGAGGAGCAGUACCCACCUCUGAAGUUUGGCACGGUGCCCAACGGGAGCACGGAAAAAAACAUCCGCUCCAACUACCCAGACAUGCACCAGUACAUGGGCAAAUACAACCAGAGAGGAGUGGAGGACGCCAUAACGAACCUAAAGACUGGGAAACUAGAUGCUUUUAUUUAUGAUGCUGCAGUAUUGAACUAUAUGGCCAGGAAGGACGAAGGUUGUAAGGUGAUGACCAUAGGCUCGGGGAAGGUUUUUGCCACCACAGGCUACGGUAUCGCCCUGCACAAAAACUCACGCUGGAAACGUCCUCUUGACCUGGCCCUGCUGCAGCUGGUGGGAGAUGAUGAGAUUGAAAUGCUGGAGCGCCUUUGGCUGUCUGGGAUCUGCCAUAAUGACAAAAUUGAGGUGAUGAGCAGUAAACUGGAUAUUGACAACAUGGCUGGUGUUUUCUACAUGCUGCUGGUGGCCAUGGGCCUCAGUCUGCUGGUGUUUGCCUGGGAACACUUGGUCUACUGGAAGCUGCGCCACUGCAUGGCCACCAGUUCUGGCAAAUUGGACUUUCUCCUGGCAAUCAGCAGAGGCAUGUAUAGCUGCUGUAGUUUUGAAGAUGAAACAACGCCAGGUGGAAGUAAAACUUUGCCAACUCAUCACCACACUGCCAUGGUUACAGUUCCGUCCAAGCCGCAUGUUGUCUCAACGUCUAAGACCAACCCAGUCAUUGCCAUGGCGCAACAGCAGCAACCACCGCAACAGCAGCAACCACAGCCCGUCUACAAGACACCUCUACCGGGCUCUCCUCCCACCGUGGUGCAUUCUGGGACUGCACUGGGUCCCUCAAAUGCCCCCAUAGCUGGUGCACCCCUCCCUUGUUCCACCUUCCUGCCCCGGUCAGACCGCAGACUGGCCGUGGUGGAUCGCUGGAGGCUGCCAAAAACCGCUGCAGCCACAAACCCAUUGGCUGUAAGGGGGGCAAUCACUGACAUGGGACCCUUUGCACAGAAAGUCCCACCAAACUGGGCUUCAGCUGCUGGAGGGGGUGGGGGACUUGAUGGCUAUAAGAGAUACUAUGGUCCCAUUGACCCUGAGGGACUGGGGCCCUGCAUGGAGCAGCAGGCAGGUUCCCAGACCCCCAAGACUAUGCCCAGGGGCCACCCCCAGCCCCCUCCAGCCAGUGUGGCCUUCUAUUCAGAGAAGGGCGUAGAUCAUGGGGUGGGGAAGAAGGUGGUGGGAGGUGGCAGCGGAGGUCAGGGGAAGGGGGCCGUUAAACCUCUGGGCACUCCCAGAUUGCCUUCUAAGAGUCAGGCCCCUCUGCCCCCUACACCCCCGCUGCCACACCCCUCUCCCCCUCUCCCCUCAUCCUUCUGGAGGAAGCGCAGGCCCAAGAAACCCAAAGAGCCUGGAGGGCCUCUGUAUGAAAACAUUUUGCCACUGGGGCGGAGGGGAGGAGCACGAGAUGGAGUGAGAGAGGGAGGAGGGAGGAGGGCACGCCCCCUCUCUCCCCCGCUCUCACUUCCUGUGCCAGUACCCCUCAGCCCCUCUUACACCCCUCCUUCGCCCUCUGCAUCUUUGCACUAUACGUCCUCCUCGUCUUCGUCGACCACCUCGUCCACAUCCACGUCCUCAUCUGCUUCAUCUUCCCGCUCGACCUCUCCCACCUACUCUUACAGCUCCUCCAGGAGCACACGGGACAGGACUGGAGGAAUAGAUGGAGAGGAUGACGAUGACGAUGAAGAGCUGACCGAAGAGUCGAGCCUCCUCCUUGGCAGGGGGAGGGAGAGGGAACGCUCAAUCAUCCGGCCUCGUUCCUUCAGCCAAGGGCGCCUGCCACCGCCCAUUCCCCCCAGGAAACCCCGCACAUCCUGGGGUGACAGAGAACGGGAACGAGAGAGGGAGCGGGGGGGAAGCCAACUGUCUCAGCUCCAAGAGUGGUGGGCAAGCUGGAGUGAGAGAGAAAGGGGUGGAGCAGGUGGAGAUGCUGAAAGGCUAAAAAGGGAGAAGAAGAGGAGGAAAGAGAAGGAGAAAGAGAAGAAGAAGAAGAAAAAGAACAAAAAGAGGAAAAAGAGGGAAGAGAGGGAAAGGGAGCGAGAGAGAGAAAGGAAGCGGCGAAAAGUUAAAAAGAAGAAGAAGAAGGAGCUAAAGACAAAGAAAAGGAAGAAAUCAAUUGGGGGGAGACGCUCCGAGCCAGAGGAGGGAGAUGGAGAGGCAGAGAGGGAAGGGGAGGCAGAAGGAGAGAUGGAAGGGGGAAUACAAGACUACUCGUUCUCUGCUCAGUAUCGGAGCACAUUUGGGGAGAAGGGACGGGAUUCUUGGGAAGGAGACCGGGUAGAGAGAGGGAGGAGGGAGGGAGGAGAUGAGGGCAAUGAACAGGAGGACAGUAACAGGAGCAGGGAGAGGCGUCCCAAAUCCUCACACUCUCAUUCCAGACCUCGUAUUCCCAGUAAGCGCUACCCGAACCUAAACAAACUGCCUGCAUCCGUAAAGUUUUGGGUGAAUGGAAGAGGAGAUGAUUCUAACACUCCUCCAACCUCCCUCCACCCACUGUUGCCCUCCUCCAAGAGGAGAAAAAGUGGAGGGGUGGAGAGAGAUGACAGCGGGAGGUUAGGAGAGCGGCGUCCUUUGUUAAUGCAUUAUGAAAAAGAGAAGGCACAGACGAGAGAAGGGCCGUCCUUCCCUGAGUGGGACUCUGAGGAUGAGGAGGAUGAUGAGGAUGAUGAUGAGGAUGAUGAGGAAGAGGAGGAGAGGGAGAGACAGAGGGAGAGGGGAAGGAGAGUAGGUAGGGGGGCAGUGUCUGAGUCAGAGAGGGACAGGGCCCGGGCAGAGGACAGUUAUUCAGAUGAGGGCUCGUCAGGGGAGUUUGGCCGCUUUGAAAGAUACUGGGAAGGAGGUGCAGGGGGAGGCAGCGCUGGAAUAGGGGGCAUAGGCGGGGGAGGCUGGUUUUUUGGCACUUACCCCUCCAGAGAGAAAGGGGGGAGUAUAAACAGUCGGGAUGAUUCGUUACUAGGAACUCGGGCAGAAGGGUGGAUUGGUGCUGAUUUCUUGGGUUCAGGGCCAGGAGUAGGUUGGGGCUCAGGGGGAGGGAGUGGAGGACUCAGCUCCCAGUGGCCACCCCCCCCUGCUGCCUUCCCUCCACCGAGGAGGUACUGGUCCAUGGACAAGAUCCCUGUGAAGGGAGAGAAAAAGUGGAAGAGUAGAGGAGGGAAGAGCAAGGGGCGAUCUCGAGACAGAGGGGGAGAAGCAGGACGAGCCACCAUGUGUUCCUGCAGCCUUUACCCACAGCCCCAUCCUUACCCCCAUCCCCACAGCCACUCGCACGCCUCCCACUCCAAGAGAGGAGCCACAGCGCUUUCACACAGCCAGGAAGAGCUUCUCCCCCAUUGCCACAGCUUCAGCGGGGGUUCUCGCCCCAAGCCUCUCCCCCCAAAACCAGAUUCCAGUCAGGCCAAAUCAGGCAGCCAAUCUAACCUCAGCCUCAGCACACAGCCCAUGGACCAUCCCCCUCAGCCCUCACCCUCGCCACCCCAGCAGCCGUCCAUGUCUCCCACUUCUCUCCCGGUCCCCAUCCCGCCUCCACCCUCUUCAUCCUCCGUCCCACCCCCAGCAGGGGUCGGGAUGGUGGGCCAGGCUCAGGCUUCGGCCAGUGCCAAGCUCCAGUAUCAGAGACUUCGCUCGGUGCCACAGCCACGGAGGUUCUACUCCCCACACCUGCCGCUCAAAGCCAAGAGCCUUUGCUCUCGCCGAGGGUCGGCCCACUUCUCCAGCCUGGAGAGCGAGGUAUGA